AUGGAUGAGACAUUUGAAUCUUAUAAGUGGAUAUUGGAGAACAUGUUGGAGGUGAUGUGCAUGAAGGAGCCAUCAGUGGUUGUUACAGAUGGGGAUGAGGUGAUGCGUAAAGCCAUAACUUUAGUGUUUCCGAAGGCAACCCACCGCCUAUGUGCAUGGCAUUUUCAGAAAAAUAUUACGGCCAACGUGAAGGAGCCGUCACUCCGAUCACGAUUUAACCGAUGGUUAUAUGCGGACAUCGACAUUCGUGAAUUUCUGACUGAGUGGGACCUAGCGGUUGAAGAGUUCAAACUUCAAGAUAGCCUAUGGGCGAGGCAGGUGUUUGGUAAGAAGGAAAUGUGGGUGAAUGCAUAUCUGAGGAAUAAGUUUUGCGCCGGGUUUAGGACCACAUCUCGAUGCGAAGGUAUAAAUGCAGUGGUCAAGAAUUUCCUUCAAUCGAAGCAUACUAUUCUUGAACUUGUGCAGAACCUGGAGGUAAUGGUACGUGAUUAUCGGAAUAACGAGCUUCUAGCCCAGUUCAGAACCAUUGACACUUUCCCAGUAAUGACGACUAGCCUCGAUGCCAUAGAGCGGUUCGCUGCACUGACAUAUACAAAAGAAGUCUUUGCGGACGUUAAACGAGAGAUUGAACGAGUUACAGUCGUUAAUUUGGUCCGGUUAAGAAGAUCUUUAAACACAAGGGUAUACUCAUUGGAAGAGUACGGAUCUCCUGGGAGAGUUAUUCUAGUACUGUUUGAUCGGAAUAUGGGAAGGCUCAAGUGUCGGUGUGACGGUUGGACGAAAUACGGAUACCCAUGUCGCCAUCUCUUUUUUGUCAUGAAGCAUGAGCAUCUGCAAGAAAUCCCGAAGCAGCUGAUUAUGAAACGAUGGACAAAGAAUGCCAAAGCGUUGGAGGAAUAUGUGGAGAAGACAAACGAUGGAGGCGACCGGUCCUUCUUGCUUAGACAUGGAGCAUUGCAUACCGCAUGCUGCUGGCUUUUUUUCCUAGGUGCGCAACAGUUUCAUUUGUUCGGGAAGGCCAUGAAGGGAAUUCGGGAGCUAUGUAGGGAUCUCGAAUGUGAAUGUGGACACGCUGAAGAAAUCAAACACACAAAAGGGGAACGAAAAGUUAUUCGUGACCCUGUGCGUGUUAGGACAAAAGGGGCGCCUAAGGUGCCUAAAGGAAAAAGCAAUGGACGCGAAAGGAAAUGCACAAAGUGUAAGAAUACUGGCCAUACGAAACGAAAAUGCCUGGAUGAUUACCGGGUACGGCUAGAUGAAAUGGAGCAAGAUAAACUUCCUGUCCCCCCCUUAGAUGAACACAUGCAGGAGAUUAAGCAAUUUGCUUUGCUGGAGGAGUUAGGUGAUGCGGGUUUGACCGGAAGCAACUUUGGCACCAUCUCCGAUCCAACUAAGACUUGUGCUGACCACGUUGUUGAAGAUGACACUAACACAGCUUAUUACCAAAGGUUGAUUGCCAUGAUUUGCACCCAAGCAUCUGUGAUGGAAGGUGGUCGCUUUGACCUGAAUGAUAUGUAA